AGCGAAUCACACUCCAAGUCCAUCUCUUCUGCACACCGGACACAAGUCCCCAAAGAAGCCACUCCAAAAUGUUCAAAUUGUUCGUUCUCGCUGCUCUGCUGGCCGUUGCCGCCGCCAAGCCCGGCCAUCUGGCUGCCGCUCCCCUCGUCUACAGCGCCCCAGCCACGACCAUCGUCCAGGAGUCGUCGCUGGCCAAGGUCGGAGCCGUGGUGAAGAGCGUGCCCACCGCCGUCUCCCACCAGAGCCUCACCCAGGUGCACAGCACCCCGGUGGUGGAGGAUGUGGUUGCCCCAGUCGUGAGGACCACCGCCGUCCACUCUGCUCCCCUUGUGGCUGCCGCUCCCAUCGUCAAGACUGUGGCUGCUCCCGUCGCCUACUCCGCACCGCUGACAUACUCCGCGCCAGUGGCCUACUCCUCCCCCCUGGCCUACGCCCACCCCGUGGCCUACUCCUCCCCCCUGGCCUAUGCCGCUGCGCCCCUCCAGUACCACGCUCCCCUCACCUACGCCGCCCACGCCUGGUAAAAGGUGCGAGAACGAAAGAUCUUGA